AUGGGAAAUACGGCUCCUAAUUAUGAAGAAAUUUCAGAUAUUUUUUCAGAAUAGGAAUAUUAACAAAAGAAUUUAUCAUAAAAUUAUGAAUAUCCUGAAAGAAAAGUACUUAAAGCUGCAAAGAAAAGUAAUGAAUUUAAUGGUAUUAUGAAUCGACGAUAAUCAUAAAAUAUUAAAAAAUCAUUGGAAUAUAAGACAUAAGGAAACUUGUACAUUUAAUAAAAGUAAUAUAAAAAGGCUAUAGAAUCAUAUACAUAAGCUAUAGUAAAAUUAUAUGUAAUUAGAACUUAUUUGAUCGAGACUCAAUUUAUUUCUCAAAUCGAUCUGUUGCGAAUAAACUUUUAAAUAGAUUCUAAGAAGCAAAAUAAGAUGCCUAAUAAGCUUUGAAAAUUGAUUAAAAAAAUUCCAGAGCUCAUUUCAUUUAUGGAACAAUCAUUUUAAUUGAAGUUCAAAUGUUUCCUGAUACAACAGAAUCUCUCAUUAAUUAGGCUUAAUAAGGGAUAAAGGAACUAGAAAGUGGUAAAUAAUUUAUAAUAUAAUAUAUAGCUCAAGAAUUAGUUAAAAUAAGUAAGAAAGAAUAAAAAAAUAAAUUAAGUGUGCUAAUCAACCAAAAUUUAGCAAAAGGUAAAAGGAUGAUUUAUUUAAUAAGAUAAGAAAUUGACAAAAAAAGUAUGGUUUUAUUGCAAAUAAAUUAGAUAUUUAAACUCUCAAAUAAACUCUAUUAGAUAUUUCUCAUCGUUAAUAAUAAAAAUUAGAUUGGUAUGCUAUUGAAUAAAACAUAUAAAAAUAAAGAGAUAUAUAGAUGCCAGAGUAUUUUGUAUGUCCAAUCUUAUUUGAAAUGAUUGAAGAACCUAUCCUUCUUAAUUCAGGACUUACUUAUGACAAAUCUAGUAUUUAAUAACAAUUUAAAUAAAAUGGCUAUAUAGAUCCUAUAACAAGGGAAUUUAUAGAUCCUUUGGGGUUGAUUGAAAAUAUUCAAUUAGCAAUAGGAAUAUCACAUAUUAAGAGAGAAUAUGGUUGGAUUGGAAUAGAAAAUGAGAAGGAUUAUAAAGCAAUAAGGUUUGAAUGA